UUCAAUAAGUGGUUUAUUGUACAGUUUUCAGAGAGUGGUCUGUGUUUUGUUCACUUGUCUUCAUGUAUUCAUCAGCAAGUAUUUUUCAGUGCCAUUCAGGAAUUCUGAGUGGGGGCCAUUACGUCGCUUAUGCUAAAAACCCAAACUGCAAGUGGUACUGUUACAAUGACAGCAUUUGUGAGGAAUGUCACCCUGAUGAAAUUGACACCGACUCUGCCUACAUUCUUUUCUAUGAGCAGCAGAGGAUAGACUAUGCACAAUUUCUGCCAAAGAUUGAUGGCAAAAAGAUGGCAGACACAAGCAGUAUGGAUGAAGACUUUGAGUCUGAUUACAAAAAGUACUGUGUGUUACAGCAAAGCUACCAUUCUGGCUGCUAGACAGCUUGGUGGGGAGGGAGAUGACUCCUUGUAGCUGAUACUUGGCAAAAGUGUCACUGAGAGGCAAGCUAAAUGUAGUUAUUUUAUCCUGUUAGAAUACAAAUUCUAAUUAAAAUAGUUAACUUUAAGAGUAGUAGUAGUUUUAUUUUGAAGUCUCAUGCAAGUUGUCUGAUAGAGAACUUUCAGGCAGAUCCCACCAUUAGCCUGUAAACAAAAAGUUUGGCACCAGCCACCUGGGACCAAAUAAGAACUCAAUUGUGCUUGUCCAGAUAUGAACAAAUAUGUAGUCAGUAUAGAGUUUAUCAAUAAUCAUAACAAAUAUUAAAGAUUUCCUUGGAGUCAAAGUAAAAAACAAAAAAUUAUAAUGUUGUCUAGGGAUGACAUGAUAUGCUACCUCCUUUUUCCUUAAGUUUUAUUCCAUUCUGUUGACAAGAUGGAGAAAGCAAGAUCAUGAAGGUGUGCAAAUGAUUCUUACGGCAUGGGCGAGGAUUUUUCCAUUUAUUUUUUAAAGUUUCCAUACCCUUUCUUUGUCUUUCUUGCUUUUUGUUUUUGCCGUUGUGUUUAUGUUUGAGAUACAACCAGUCAUUGGUGGCAGGGGCAUAGAGUGGUCAGUCUGAAAGGGAGGCUCUCUUAAGAGCUAUGUGCCUUCCACCCAGAGGGAGACCCAGUAGAAAGAAAAACAUCCUGGGAAAUCCAGCUACCAUGGCCCUCCCAGUGGAGGCAUCUUACAUUUAGGAUACUUCAAGUAUCCUCAGAAAUGUAUUCUGCACCCCCGGCCCCGCCCAUGCUGAGGGAAGGGGAGCAGUUGCCAAUAUUUGCACCAUCUUCACAUGCACAUGUUGCAACAAGAGCUUCUGGGAAGGUAAGCGGCAUCGGAGCUAGAUCACGUUUCACAAUUAGUGGUUGUUCUUUUCCGUGUUUAUUUUGCACUUUAAAAAAGAGAGAACACAUGCAAAUGAACUUGCUUGUGUGUAUUUGAUGGCUCCAAGGGCUAUAAAUUACAAACAAAACACAUCCCAGACAUUAGGAGUUCAUAAGUAUAUUUAAUGAAAUUGGUGGUUUUAGGAAGUCAACUUUAGUUUUGCUUUGUUUGCACGUCCACUAAUUUUUAUUUUGAUAUUUGUCUUUUUUUAAAAUUUUACAGUAGUCAUUGAAAGUUAUGUUUCUUUGUUUACUUCAUUUUUUCCUCUAAUUAUUCAAGACUGGAACAAAAGUAUAAAUAUUAUUUAGUUCAGGUAGAAUUUUUUUGGUGUAGUUUUUUAAUAUAUACUUGAAGGAAAUGUUUCACCUUAUUUUUGGUCUUUGUUUAUUCAUUUAGACCCUGCAAGUUGAUUCUCAUUAAUUGUCAGAUUCCACUACACUUUCUUCCUCAUAGGUAGUAAUUACCAGUGUAACUAAGCAUUUGUGUUCUGAUAUCUGAGGCCAGUAACCAUUAAUAUCUAGUUCUCAGAGCAUUUGGAAAGGUUAUCUUAAAUGGCUACCUAAAUUGAAAUCCUUUUCAGAAAAAAUAUAAUUGCAAAUAGGUAGGAGUGGCCUAAAUUAUCUAAUGUAAUAAACUCAGAAAAAAUGCAUACUUUAUAGUUUCAAGAUUUUCAGUAUAUAAAAUCGGUCCAUUCCUACGUGUACAUGUCCCGUUAAAAAGUGGAAGACUUUAAAUAAUUUCUUUACAGAUGUUUUAUUUAAGCAGGUAGCACAAUCUACUAAUGUUGUUUGAUCUGUUUGUUAUACUGGUUGUAAUUAAUUUUUUUAAUUCAUGAACUAGCAGAAAAUUUAUUAAAUUAACUAUUAACUACAUUCACCUUGUAAAUUACUGUAUAAAACAUGUUGACAAUGCACUGACUUUAGAAAGAUGUUAAUGUAUAUAAAUAGAGUGUAAAUAAAAUAGUGUUGAUGUACUGAAAUAUGAACGGUAUAAAAAGUAUUGGUAAUUGUAUAUGGGGUGUACCUGUUUAUCCGUAACUGUUAUCCAAACAAAUUAAAUACUGUGGAUGCCUCUAUGUGCUGUUUUUCCUCAUACAAGUAAACAACACAGAAUGUCAAA